CGAUUCUCCGCCCAGUUCUUGGGAGACUGUUUCAUUCGGAUUGUGCAUUUUCCGUUUGCCCAUGUAAUCAACAGCCGCACGCAGUGUGAAUUAAACCUCGUCAGGACUAGCACGAUGCCAUAGAAUCCUCGACGGACGAGGCACAGUCACUGCAUAAACAAUUCGCACGGAGUGAAGUGGAGCCAAAAGUAAUACAGGGUGUUCCCAGACAAAAUGGGUCGCAGCAACUUCAGUUCGCAUCACCAGCAGACUCAUCUGGCGGUGCCACAUCAAAAUCACCAAACGCAGCCAAAACUUCGCCAACAAUGACGGACUACCUGUCGCUGCACUCGCGACUCGCCCAGGUGGGCCAGGAGCACCUGCUCAAGUUCUGGCCGGAACUAACGAAUGACGAACGCAUCGACCUGGUGCGGGACAUCGAGGAGCUGAAUCUGGACGAGAUCAAGCUGUAUUUCGACCGCGCCACGGUCUCAAUGAACGAGAAUGGCAUCAAGCUGGACGAUCGCCUGCAGCCGCUGCCCGAGGGCAAGCUAAUCUCCAUUGCCAGGGCGCCGCUGGAGAAAUUGGACGCCUACCGAGACGAGGGUCUCCUCCAGAUCAGCAACGGACAUGUCGCUGUGCUGCUUAUGGCAGGCGGACAAGGCACACGACUUGGCUUCGAUCAUCCCAAGGGAAUGUACGAUGUGGGACUGCAGUCUCGAAAGACCCUGUUCCGCAUUCAGGCCGAGCGAAUCCUGAAGCUGGAGGAGCUCGCCCAAGAGGCGAAUGGAAAACGUGGACACAUCACUUGGUACAUCAUGACGUCGGAGCACACGGUGCAACCCACAUACGACUACUUUGUGGCCAAUAACUUCUUUGGCCUGAAGGCGGAGAACGUACUGUUGUUCGAGCAGGGAUCACUGCCGUGCUUUGAAUACGAUGGACGCAUCAUUCUGGACGAAAAGCAUCGGGUGGCGCGUGCGCCGGACGGCAACGGAGGAAUCUAUCGGGCUAUGAAGCGCCAGGGGAUUCUGGACGAUAUGCAGAAGCGUGGUGUCUUAUAUCUGCAUGCCCAUAGCGUGGACAACAUCCUGAUCAAGGUGGCCGAUCCCGUUUUUAUCGGCUACUGCGUGCAGGAGAAGGCCGACUGCGCCGCUAAGGUGGUGGAGAAGGCAGCUCCCAACGAGGCUGUGGGCGUGGUGGCCAUUGUCGAUGGCAAAUACCAGGUGGUGGAGUACAGCGAAAUCUCGGCCAAAACAGCCGAGAUGCGCAAUUCAGACGGCAGGCUGACCUUCAGUGCUGGCAACAUUUGCAAUCACUUCUUCAGCUCGAACUUCCUGCAGAAGAUUGGCAGCACAUACGAGCAGGAGCUGAAGCUGCACGUGGCCAAGAAGAAGAUUCCCUUCGUGGACAACGCCGGCAAGCGUCUAACGCCCGACAAGCCGAACGGCAUCAAGAUAGAGAAGUUUGUCUUUGACGUCUUCGAGUUCGCCCAGAAGUUCGUGGCCAUGGAAGUGCCACGCGACGAAGAGUUCAGCGCGCUAAAGAACUCCGAUGCAGCUGGCAAGGAUUGCCCCAGUACUGCCCGCUCGGACCUCCAUCGCCUGCACAAGAAGUAUAUCGAAGGCGCCGGUGGCAUUGUGCAUGGCGAAGUCUGCGAGAUCUCGCCCUUCGUCACCUACGCCGGCGAGAAUCUCGCCUCGCAUGUGGAGGGCAAGUCGUUCACCAGUCCCGUCUACCUGCGGGACAGCCGCGAUCCCUUGCACGGACACCUUUAAGAUGUAGGGGAUCUGCAUGGACGCAUAGACUGAUGGACGGAUAGUAGUCGUUUCGAUUAUUUGUAAAUCUUUCGUAUACCGUUGAUGAACUUUAUGAUUCCCCAAACUGUAGUUAGUGCACGGAAAUUCCAUUGAUUUCAGUACUUAAAGGAGACUUGUAAAAAUUUGUUACCUAUUGUGUCCGUUGAUUUAUUUUUCGUUUUUGAAAUAAUUGUGCAAUCGUAAUGUGAAUAUAUACAAUAUAUAGAACAUGUAAUGAUAUGAAUAUUUUAAUAUGUUGUAAAAUACAAAAAUUAUUAGUACGGCC